AUGUAUAAGUUUCUGCAUCCAGUUGGAGCUCAGGUGGGAUGGAAGAGAUUGAUCUGUAAUAGCCAUGCUAGUCCAAAGAGUACUUUCAUUAUGUGGCUAGCAGUGCAGAACAGGCUAGCUACAAAAGACAGAUUGAUAAGAUGGCAGCUGAAUAUUGAUGGUACUUGUGGCCUGUGUCAGUUGGAAAGUGAAAGCUUGGAGCACUUGUUCUUCUCUUGUUCUUAUUCUAAGGAGAUUUGGAGACAGGUUAUGCUUUAUCUAGGUGUGAUUAGAACUGUGUUGCCUUGGCAUGAUGAAGUACAGAUUGCAGUGAAGAAAAGCAGAAGUAAACAGAAGAAGGCUUGCAAGUAUAGUAUAGCUUUCAUUGAGUCAGUUUACUGUAUCUGGUUGCAAAGAAACUCUAAGGUGUUUAGGGAUCAUGUUGAUCCAGUCAAAACUGUUGUGAGCAACAUUAUGUUUAAUGUUGAGUGUAGAUGUCAGUAG